AUGGCUCUACCGCCAGUAGACUCGAUCGAAGCUGUGACACUUCGCUUCAAACAGCUUCUGGAGAAGGCGCAGAGGAUCAAGUCGAGCGCCUCCAUAGAGCCUUCAAUAUCGAUCACAGAGUUGCUCAGUGAUGACACUCCGCUUCUUAGCGAUAACAUCCAGAAUCAAACCACCCACAACACCGUUGCUGAGACGGCUGCGAAAAGACUUCUGCAUCACUUCGUGGCCACUACCACUAUCGACAACUCAGAAUUUGUUCAGGUCUGGAACCUUCUCGAUAUUGUGCUGAUUUGCUCCGAGCGCGGUCAAUGUGAUGGGCUGCUUAUAUUUUACCUGGCCGAGGACCUGCUAGACAGCCAAAGCAUAGAUGGAUGCCGCAGAGUCUUUGACUAUCUUGAGUCUCGGAGAGAACGUCUCGUGGCAGGAGACUUCCUUCAGGCCACUGGGGCAAGCAAACGCAUAGUAGUUUUGCGCUUUUGUAACGAGUUGUUGCGCCGACUGUCUCGUGCUGAAGAUGCUGUGUUCUGCGGACGAGUGUUCAUCUUCUUAUUCCAGACCUUUCCUUUGGGCGAUAAGAGCUCAGUCAACUCUCGCGGCGAGUUUCAUGUCGAAAAUGCAACCGUCUUCGAAGAAAACCCUCCUGCUAAGGGAGAAAACGCCGAUGAAAUGGAAGUCGAUUCCGAAUCGAAGUCACAGCCGCCAACCGUCAACAUCGAAGAAACGCCAGUCCCUGAAGGAACAAAGUACGACCCAACUAAAGACAACACAACCCUCGAUUCCGAAGUUUUAUACCCUAUCUUUUGGACUCUGCAACAAUCGUUUUCUAACCCACCACGACUUUUCAACGACGAACGCCUCCUUGAGUUCAAACGUGGGGUCAAGCUCACUCUGAACAAAUUCCGAGCCGUGCCGAAGGUUGUUCAGGCCAAGGCUGGGGAGAAUCGGGGCGUAAAGCGCAAACAGGAUGAACAAGAGGACCAGUUUGCCAGCACUUACAACCCUAAGUACCUUACGAGCAGGGAUUUAUUCAAACUCGAGCUGAGCGACCUAGCUUUUCAAAGACACAUUCUCGUGCAGGCACUUAUACUUCUUGAUUUCUUGCUCUCUCUAACCGAAAGAUCCAAGGACACAACGCAAAAGUGGUUGGCACAAGUGAACAGCCAGAACCGGGCGGUGCAAUACGGCUACACACUCAGCGCGGAAGAUGCCGAGUGGGCUUUGGGAAUCAAGAACGAUGUUGCAAAUUACUUGCAGGAGCUUCCCGAUGGCAAGUUCUACCACCGCAUGGUGGACACGGUUCUUUCGAGAGAUAAGAACUGGGUGCGGUGGAAGAUGGAGAACUGCCCGCCGAUUGCGCAACCGCCCGUGCCGCCACAAGACUUCCAAGACGCCAAGACGAGCGCGCAGCGAGCAUGCGCCAACAAGCGGCUUCGGGCAGCACCCAUGGGUUCGCUGAACCUAUCGUUCCUGUCGGACUCGGCGAGCAACAGCGGGCUGGAAGGCCUGAAGAGCACAGAGAGGUACAAGGUCCCGAGCGCGGAAUCAUUUGUGAACAGCAUCAAGGGCGACGAGCUGGACCUGGAGAUGGCCAUGACGGACGAGGAAAAGCAAGGGCUCACGGAGGCCAAGGCCAGCAAGACGUGGAGGGCGCUGCGGAUCGCGGCGCAGGACAAGCUAAGCUUGUUUGACCGGAUUGACGACGGCAGGCAGCUGGAGCAGCUCUUCCGGCCGGCGGCCGGCGAGGAGGCGGGCAACGAGGCGGCGGAGACCAGGGUCGACGGAUCCGCGGGCGAGCAAGCAGAGGAACAACGGGCCGAACAGGGCAGCGCAACGGCAGCCGAGGCGAGGGCGAGGCGAGGGUGA